AUGCAGUGCGACAAUGCAAUUCCAACCUGCUCCAACUGCCAAAAGGCGGGAGUCACGUGUGACAAGUCCAGUGUACGAGAAGACGCAGGUCGUCAAAAUGAUUAUACACGCGCACUGGAAGAGCGGGUAGCUUUCCUUGAAGGCAAACUGGGUCUCACUGAGCCGACAACUGCCCAAGACCCUUCUGGCGCAAACGCUGCGAGGUCAAUAUGGUCUCCCACGGGUGUACAGAACACUCCACGGAAUACCCCGUCUAGUAUGGACAACAAUCCCGUCGGCGAGAUUGUGGGUCUCCUUGCAUUAAGCUCAUCCGAAGCACCCGCAUAUGUGGGAGCAAGCUCGGGCCUCGCUUUGGCCGCUAAUCUAGGCGAGCUGGUACAAACCAGUGUCUGGAACCAGUUCGUUUCGAGAAUGCAUCAAAGCCCAAAUCCAGCAUGUGGAAAUGCUUCCCAGAGUACGGCGGCACCCAGCACAAGCCAGUCGCAGCCUCAGCAGGGGAGGGGUUGCUCACGGACCCGAGAUCUGGAAUUUCCAAAUGAUGAGACUGGAACAAAGAUUCUAGAGACUUACUUCUUGAGACUUCAUUCUCGAUAUCCAUUUUUGGAUCGGACACGAACAUGGGAACUUCAUAAUGAGAGAGAUCGAUUUACGAAAAUAAAGCGUGAAGACCUCACCCAGGCUGAUCGAUAUGCGAUAUUCAAAUUGAAUCUGAUAUAUGGUAUUGGUUCCACAAUGCUUCAGAUGAACGGCAACAAAUCAUACCUUACAUUUUCAUCACCUGAACGAUAUUAUAUAACUGCGCUGCAAUAUUAUAUGCCAGCAAUUUGUGAAGCACGUUCCAUCGAAAAUAUCGAAGCCAUGGUCCUCCUAGUGGUCUAUCACCUGCGCACUACAUCUAGCCAUGGAAUGUGGUACAUGAUUGGACUUGCCAUGCGCACAGCCAUUGACCUUGGCCUCCACCGAAAGGCAAAUGAGAGAAACAUGGACCCAUUCAACGCACAAAUGCGACGAAGACUUUUUUGGACAGUAUACUAUCUCGAGCGAGUUGUCGCAAUGUCUCUUGGUCGGCCAUUCAGCAUAUCUGACCGACACAUCGAUCUCGAUCUCCCAUGGGACGUCGAUGACGACGUAGAAGAUCCCGCAAUACUCACAGCACCACCAUCUCUGAAUCCCACCAAAACAACAAAUCUCACAUUCGCGGUCUACCUCUUCAAACUCCGACGCAUCGACUCCAGAAUCCUACACAAGAUCUACCGCGCCGACCGCCUAAUAUCCUCCCUCCGACCAAAAAUGGACCCCUUAUACCUUGAGCUCGAGCAGUGGAAAGAGUCUGCCUUGCUCCGUUUCCGUGGCCCAGAUCUCGACUACCCCAUGCUCCAUUACCACAGAGCCGUACGACUAUUAAUACAGCCAUUCCUUCCUCUCCUCCCAAUAACAGACCCAUACUACCACAUUUGCCUCCGCGCCUCAGGAGAAAUCUGCCAGUCCCAAAAACGCCUCCACCAAACUCUGGAAUACGGCCACUCUUUCCUAGCCGUUCAGACCAUCUUCAUGGCAGGCAUCACACUCCUCUACGCGCUAUGGACCCACACUGAGAAAGUCUGGUCUGUCGCCAUGAGCAACGAUAUCCGCGCCUGCUCAACCGUGCUAUUUGUAAUGGGUGAGCGCGCAGCCUGGGUCAAGAAAUACAGAGACGCCUUUGAGCUCCUCGUCAAUGCCGCCAUGGAAAAAUUACAGGGCGAUGAAACCGCCCGGAAUACCGGCAUUGUGGAGCUGAUGACAGCCCACUGUGCACAGAAUGGUAGCGCUUGCGUUGAUAAUAAUAACCCUACGUCUGGCAUGCCGAGUGGAGAGAAGUUCCCCAUGGCGAACCCAGCAGGCUUGGCGCCGGAAAUUGGGGUUUCGGGUUUCACCUAUCCGACCGACGACACUGGGCAUGCUGUAAGAAUGGCGUUGCAGCUUGCCCCUUGGAUUGAUCAGGAUGAGAGUGAUCCGAUGUGGAUGCCGGAUUUUGAGACGCUGGAGAACUUGUCCGGAACUUUUUGGAGUCAUGCUGAUAUGGCUCUUUUUGAUGGAUUAUAA